AGAUAUAGGAGGAGAGAGAAACGAAAAAAGAGAGAAAGAAAGAAAGAAAGAAAGAAAGAAAGAGAGAGAAAGAGAGAGAAAGAGAGAGAGAGAGAGAAAGAAAGAAAGAAAGAGGAGAAAGGCUCCGGCGGGGGCCGCUCGUCCAUGAACCGAGGACACUGAUCACAUCCUCCUUGGACUGAUCGGCUCUUUUUUCUCGCUUCCUGAUCCGUAGGUACGUCUUCACGAUAGUCAGCUACCUGAUCGGCGUCUUCAUAUUCGCGACGAUCGUCGGACAAGUCGGGAACGUGAUCACCAAUCGAAACGCAAAUCGGCUGGAGUUCGAGAGAUUGCUAGACGGCGCCAAGACUUAUAUGAGACACCAUAAAGUGCCGGGUGGCAUGAAGAGGCGGGUGCUCAGGUGGUACGACUACAGUUGGUCACGAGGAAGGAUACAAGGCGGCGGUGACAUCAACACCGCGCUUGGCUUACUUCCGGACAAACUGAAGACCGAGUUGGCGUUACACGUGAAUCUGUCCGUACUGAAGAAGGUUACCAUCUUUCAGGAAUGUCAACCCGAAUUUUUACACGAUCUGGUGCUGAAAAUGAAGGCUUAUAUAUUUACACCUGGUGAUUCGAUAUGUCGAAAAGGGGAAGUAGCUAGAGAAAUGUUCAUAAUAGCCGACGGAAUUUUAGAAGUGAUCAGCGAAACAGGAAGAGUUUUAACAACUAUGAAAGCCGGGGACUUCUUUGGAGAAAUUGGAAUUCUUAAUCUAGACGGAUUAAACAAACGCACAGCCGAUGUUCGUUCGGUAGGCUAUUCGGAAUUAUUCAGCCUCUCCCGCGAGGAUGUUUUAGCAGCAAUGAAAGACUAUCCAGAAGCUCAAGAAAUCCUCCAGAAUCUCGGGAGGAAACGUCUGAUGGAGGCGCAGAAGGUAGCCAGAGCAUCUAGACAACCAACGUCACCUGGUCACGACUCGUCGGACAACAGCACGGGCAAAAGAAUCGUUGACAAACUGAAGAGUGACGUGAAGGGUCUCAAGAACGCAUUGAGAAAGAGCAGACGAAAUACCAGACCCGAGGAAAGCCUAGAGCUGCAACCAUUAACGUCGAAGCUACCGAUGCUGAAGAGACAGCAAAAAGUGGACGACGGUCAAGACGCAUCCGCGUCGAACGUUCAAGAACCACCAGUCUCGCCUUUGGGCGCCGGUUUGCCUCUGCUUGCCAGAUUACGAUUGUUAAAGGAGAAAGAGGAACGAGAAGAACGUCGAAAUCUUAUGGAAACGCAAGUGCACACGCCUGAACCACAGCAACCACCGCCGGAUGCCCAAAUGAACCCUAUGAAUCCGAAUUUACCGUUUCUUCAGAGAAUAUUACUGCUAAAGGCGAAGAACGAGCAAGAGUCCAAGGAGGCUGAUAAAGAGGCACCCACCAAGGAGCCUUUGCUUCCAAAAAACAGUAUACCGGAGGAAUCGCAGCAACAAUCGCCCAAGCAGACUCGCAAGCAGCUUCAGAAACAACCGUCGAUCCAAACUACCGUAGAACAGACCGUCAAAUCGCCGACAACCUCGAACACGGAGAACACGAACGGUUCGAACGUGAAGAAACCAUGGGCCAUGCUGAAGGACGCCUCGUUAACGAACAAAGAAAACUCGCCGCAAAGAAGUCCACCGACGAGGAGGUUACAACUCAGACAGAGUUUAGUACACCUGAGACAGCAGACUAAGAUGUACGCGUCCGUGGACGAUCUUUCGCCGGAGUAUUGCGGUUUACCAUUCGUCAAGAAACUGAAGAUACUUAACGAGAGGCAGAAGUUGGCGGAACUUGAGAAAGCAGUUAGGAGUUCUAGUUUAGACUGCGGAGACACCGAGCUCGAGUUCGAUGGGAACUUGACGAGAAGCCACUCGGAGGCUUGCGCGAUCGAAUAUGCUAGGAAAUUGGAGAAAUUAAACCAAAAUCGAAUGGCAUCGAUGUCGCCCACGGAUCAACUUUCACCGGAGAACGAGACGCUAGAAAGGCGGAACCUGAAGAGCAUACUGAAGAAACUGUCGGCCGGCAGUAGAACCGGAAGCUCCGAGACCUCCGCGACGAGCACACCGGAUCGCGAAGCGGCCACCGCUGAAUUGAGGAAAUUGAUGAGAGCACCGACGAUAGAGGGUUAUGCGGCGCGACAUUCGAAACUCUCGAAAAGCGUGACAUUUAAUAAAUAUACGCUGCAGAGCCCGCCGUCUGAGCAAUUCCCGGCAAAUUACCCGCUUGGGCCACAAUUGUCCGACUCCCAAGAGCAGGCCUCACUGCCACCGCCCAAUAAACUCAGUUUCCGUCCUUUGGGCAGCGGAGGUAUCCUGCAAAUGGUAUCUCGGCCAGGAGAAGAGGAAUACUUGGGGGAGCUAGUCACUGGUAUCAGAGAAGUCGUUAAGGACCGUCUGGAGGACAUUCAGACAAAGUUCGAGCGACAGUUUACAUCAUUGGAGCUAGAAAUCCGCAAACGGGACGAAAUAAUAUCACAGCUUCAAGCAAGGAUACUAGAGCUAGAACAAAAAGAAUCGAGAAACGCAGACGAUUCAUUGGGAGAUAGCACAGAGCACGAUGCCUCUUUGGAGGAAGAUUUGGACGACGAUCGUGAGGAUCACCCAUUCAUGAGAGACGGUUCAGUGGACACAGUCCUAGCUACUCAUCCGCGUUACAAGCGUUCCUCAAUAUCUACAGAGUCCAGUUCUCACAAUCGACGAUCCUGGGAAGAACACUCCGAGGAAGAGACGUUAGAGCUUCAAGAACUCCCUAGCUCAAUCGUUCCGCAAAAUUUAUGGAAAGACGAAGUGGCGAUCGAUCUCGACUCGAACAGCGAAAGCAGUAGAUCCGAGGAAGACUUCGACGAUAGACCAGGAAGAAGCGACAGUGAGAACGAUGGCGACGACGACGAGGAGAGUGAAGUGCAUCGAGAAGGGCAUAAUAACUGGGAAAUAGCUAUGCUCGCCCAGGAACUGGAGGCCAGGCGGAGGAGCAGCGAGGACCCGAACCCGGGCUCCUAGCGCAUUAACGAAAUCUUAGAUGUACUGUGUUACCUUACAAGCACCUUACACCCUGAGGGUUGGUGUAACGGGCCAGCGGCUGCCACAGGCAGCGCGGCCCUUUGCGAAAACAAUUGCCCUUACUUACAAUUAGAUUUCGAUAGCAUGACCAGUUGUAGGGAGACCAUGAUGUAAAACUUGUUCUGUAAAUCUAGAGGAUUGAUCGUUCCUUUCCUAUGAUCCUGGACUUUUGUCGCGUCGAGAUUCGUGGGCCAAUAUACGCGACCUUCGUAAGAGGAGGACAUGCGCGUGUUUCUAAAGCCUCUGGACAUUACGAGUAUAAUUGCGUUCUAGUCGUAUCCCCUCUCUCUGUGCACACCCACCCGUACAUACCACACACGACACACGGCAGAUCCGAUAGUUUGGAAAGUUAUUCUUUAAGUUUGUUUCUCACAAACUUUUUUAGCACCGAUUAUUCCUUUUUUCUUCUUCUUCUUCUUCUUCUUCUUCUUCU